AUGGAUCAAGGUGCUGCUCUAUCUCUGACUUACCAACUCGUUGACGCUUUGGACCAGUAUGACGUUCAGCAACGAGUCACUUCGGUGUUGGGACAUGAGCUGUCGAGAGUCAAAACCGAGAAGCAGAUGCUCGUUAGAUUUCUGAGAAACGCUCUCAAGGACGAGCAAGAGAAGGCGGGAAACUACGCUAAAUCUGAAGAUGAGGUGCGGCAACUCAAACAAUAUAUCGCGGAGCUGCUACACAAUUUCAAGGCCAUCUACAUCCAUGCCUCUAGAGUACCUGACAAUGAUCUCGUGAGGUUCUUUGACGAAACGCUGUUGGACAUGAAGAAGAUCAUGGCGAACUACGGGAUGAGCGAUGAGUUGGAGACGCACAAAAAUUCUGCCUCUGAGCCUGCAAAAGGUGCUUAUCUCUUCUCCAGCCAAAGUCCUGGGAAACCCUUACAUGCUAGGAAACGCAACAAAUCACAACGACCUGGAUUGAGGGUCAUCACAAAGUUCCCACUCAACACGCCUAUUUACGACCUCAAUACGUCAGCUGAGGUUCGGCAAUCUGCUAGAAGCAGGCACCAGAGUCCGACCUGGAACACCGUUUGCGAGCAGCUUGUGGCAAGUGCACAGUAG